AUGGAUCGGAUCGUGCUUCGUCUGGGAAAAUCUCUUGGCGUCCUUAGCGACAAAGAGACAGAGCAUAUCAUCCUAUGUAAUGGUAUGGUCAUGAAAAUUCACCCAGCAUUGUAUGGUGUUCUCUUACACCUGCGAAAAUAUCGUACUGAUGGAGAAUAUUGGAUUGAUCGUAUCUGUAUCAAUCAGGGUCUUAAUGCGGAAAAAAGCGCUCAGGUACAGAUGAUGGGUGAGAUAUACGCGGGCGCCGAGAUGACACUGGCAUGGCUUGGGCCUGUACCAACGUUUCUGACCCGUGGCUUUGAAAAUAUGAACCGUGUCAUCGCCAACUACAAAUCCCGCAAUCCCGAAGCGCCAUGGUUAGUGCUCACCGACCCCAAAGAUAACCAAAUUGCAUCAUCAAAGACAGAAGGCUCAUUGGUUCUUGGUGCAUUGUUACAUAUCGCUUCGCGUGGUUACUUUGGCCGAAUCUGGGUACUGCAAGAGCUUGCACUUGCGCCCAAGGUAGUCUUUCAUCUGGGAAAGUACCAGUUUCAGCCAGGUGAUAUAUCUGAGUUGCUCGAGGUCAUCGAUUGGCCACGGGCCAAAGCAACGGUCGAUGUUGACAUGUCUUGUGAGCAGAAGAUAUCCUCGGAAAUAGAAACUGGCAUCGCUGCAGCGGCGUCUAUGAUCUCCAGAUUAUGUAUACCAAAUUGGAUCAAGCAGGUCAAAACUUUGCCAACUUUUCGAGUCAAAGAGGCAAACAACGCAGAAGAUGGAAAGUGGUCAUUACACGAAUGGCUAGAAGCUUGCAUACAUAGACACGCACGCGACAACAAAGACUUGGUGUUCGCUGGCCUGUCACUCAUCCGAAACGACCUAUUAGAGAUCCGACAGGACCUUCUUCUGGAUGAUCCGACCCCACCACCGCUGCCGCCCCGACGUGAUUCCCUUCAAGUACACAAUACGCUGCUUGAGGAGCAGAUUCCACCGCCUCUGCCGCCCCGACCCGAAGCACUGCAGUUUCAACGUGAUCCAAACCUUCCUGUUAUUAGCUCGCCACAAUCGCUGCCACAAAUUGCAUUGCUUGGGAUUCACCCCGAGGCCAACUUUGAGAGGCCGCGAACAGGAAUGAUCGACUGUGUAGGUCCAGAAGAGACUUCUAUCGGGGGAUCUAGCAAAAACGUCAGACUAUGGCCCGCGUUACAUGCAGCCUAUGAUGCUUCAGAGCAGGAGGUCUUACUCAAUCUUGCAGCUUGCGUCCUGUCCGGGCCGGAUGGCUUGAAACUGUUAUCUUUCAGCUCAAUGUUGCGCGACCAGUCGAUUGAGUGGGAACCAAGCGGCACCCCUUCGUGGGUCCCCACGGUGAAUACAAAGCCGCCCCUGCUUAUGGAGGAGGAACUGAACGACAAUCUGGGUGGAGACUUCUCGGCUGUGUCAAGCCUUCAGAAUGACCCCAAAAUCUCUCACGACGGGCGCAGUCUGAACCUCGAUGGAUGCAAGAUAGGCAAAGUCCAGGAGUUGUUUGAUCCAUUCUUCCUUGAGUGUGACACACUGGCUAAGGUCGAAAGUGCUAUCGAGAUUCUGAGAGUACUUAUUCAUCAUUGUCCCAAAGCAAAAUCGGUCAUGGUUGCAUUUACAAAUUCAAGUACCUACGGGGCCUGCAGACACAGUCUUAAAGAUAUCCAAGGGCUGACUCUAGGGGUCUGCUCUGCAAUGGACGUUUGCCUGAAGAAGUCUUUGGACUGGAUAGAUAAGAAGCUUUCCGACAGCGGCGAACAAUCCCUAUCUUUAAACGAAAAGCUGCAUUCUUUGCCACAGUCAGAUACAUCCAAGGAGGCACCAAAUGGCACUGGAGAUUCUCAGCAGAGGGUUGCUGAAUUUACGCACAAAGCGACUGAAUUGAGGCAAACACUUCUUUCUACUUAUAUGGACUUUAGAGAGGCAUAUCCGGAAGCUCCAUGGCCGGAACUGGAGCUGAACACACCUCAACGCGAUCCGGAAGAAGAGACAGAAGUGACAAUAGCCCAAGUACAGGUCACAAAGUGGUCUGUUUCAUAUUUGGUCUGUCACGAGAUGUUCAUCACCGAUACCGGUUACAUUGGUGCCACUGCCAGUUGUCAAAUCGCCCAUGACGACGAGGUCAUGUUGAUAAAAGGCGCCCAUAUACCCUAUGCGUUUCGUCGCGUAGAUGACGCGAUUGCUAUAAGGAUCCAAGAAAUCGAAAUGAUAGACAUGGAAAAGGAACCGGCGAAGUCCAACGAAGAGAUUCAGAGAUUAAUGGGGGAAAUGGGGAAGAAGGAUGGAUGGGUGCUUGUGGGCGAGGUUUAUGUGGACGGUGUUAUGGAUGGUGAGGCGGUCGACGAGUAUGCAGACCGGUUCGAGCGGUUGACUAUCUUCUGA